CGUCAUGUCGGGCAGAAAGCCCCGGUCGGUGGCAAACCCUCUGGAGUCUGGGAUCACCUCGCCGAGUGAGCGCAUUUUGAAAGAAUGCCACAGUUUGUACGUCGACAACGAAAACGGCCUUGUAAAGAUUGCCAACAGCCUGGGUGUCCGGCUCCUACCUCCAAGGAAGAAGAUCAUUGUGAUGAUAAUGGGAAACCAUUCUGCAGGGAAAAGUUCCUUCAUUAACUGGUAUGUGGAAGAGCAUAUACAGAAGACAGGUGUUGCCAUUGAAACGCAGGGAUUUACCUUCAUCACAAGUGGUCGUAAAAGAGAGUCAUUGACGGGAAAUGCAACACUACAUCUCUACCCUCACUUUCGACCCCUCCUUGAAUUUAAAGGUGUUACAGAUUACCUGUCAGCUGAGAUCUCUACCUCAAAGCAGAAGAAGUUCAGCCUGGUUACGUUUGUGGACACACCAGGUUUGGUGGACGGGGACAUGAUCUACCCCUUUGAUGUCAACAGUGCCAUCACCUCGUUUGGGGAACAGGCAGACCUGAUCUUUGUGUUUUUCGACCCCAUGGGCCAAGCAUUGUGCAAGCGUACCCUGAACAUAGUGGAGAAGCUGAGUGAGAAGUGCGGAGACAAGUUGUUGUUCUACCUCAGCAAGGCAGAUGAGGCUGGGAAGGAAACAGACAGACAGAGGGUGAUGAUGCAGAUAGUCCAGGAACUGUGUCGGCGUCCUGGUCUCAACAAAUGUGGUUUUGAGAUGCCUACAAUAUACAUCCCCAACCCACAGAAGCCAAGCCGAUGUGUGAAUCAGAUCGAUGGGGUGUGUCAGACUAUCGAGAAGACCAUCAACCAGGCAGUUCAGAAGACCCUAAAUCAGUUGGAGAAGGACUGUAACCUCAUCUGUUCCACCAUCGACAAUAGACUAGCUCAGGAUGGGGCUGACGUGAGUUAUAACAAAAGUGUCCGUCUUCACUCCUUCGUGUGCGGGGUCCUGGGUGUAUUCCUUCCUAUCCUCUUUAUCCUCAGCUUCAUUUUGAACACCUUCUCCAAACAGGAACAAGAGGAGCUUUUGGGAGAAGGGCUGGCCAGGACCCUUUCGGUCACUGCAGGCAUAAUGGUGUAUCUGUGGGACUGGAUUCCAGAAGAUGGACAAGUACUGUUUGUAAUUGUUUUUGGUGCUUUUUGCUACUUCCUGGUAUUUCUAGCCAAGUAUUUUGCUCGCCAAGGGAAUAAGACUCUGACUAAGAAGGAGAAGAGGAGCCUGGCAGAGUACAGUGAUUAUAUUCAGGAUGUCGUCAAAGACAGGAAGGGUAAAUUGUACGAAUGGUAUCUCCAGCAAUGUGCAGCUGAGUAUGACUUCUAGUAUUUGGUUGUGGGUAAGGGCUCCUUCAACACGUUAUUCCAGGUGAUGUUUUUCUAUGUGAGCAACAAAGACUCUUGCACCGAAUGAUUAUAAGUCUUGUCUGUUUUCUCAGUAAGACAAGUAGGGACUCGUCAUCUGUGAUUAAAUGAAAGGCAGUUUAAAUAUCAUCUCAUAAGCAAUCUAAAUUAACAUUAAAGUGCCUUAAUCAUUCACUUACAGGGAAAGCUGUGACUGUACACAUUUCACAAGAGCAAAGGUGUCAUAAUGUGAAUUUUACUUUUCAAUGUCUGUGAAUGCUCUCAUUCAUCCAGGUCUUGGUUAUCC